GCUGCACGCAGCGGCCCGCGCGGCAAAGCAAAAAGGCAGUUGAACAGAGUGCGCAGAGUGGCACUGGCAGCGGCGACACAGGCAGCCCAGGCAACCCGGGCGGCCCAAACAGCCUCAAAGGAAGCCUUCGCGACUCCAACUGCUCCGCGGACUGCGAGCUGUGGCGGCAGAGCCCCGCUACAGCAGUCGCAGUCUCCGUGGGGCUAGCGGAAGCCUUUUCUCUUUUUUACUUACCACCUCAUUUCUACUCUAGUGGCUUGGACAACAAGUUCUCUGUGGACUGAUACAAAAAAACUAGUGCAAUCCUGCCUGGUAUGGACUUGUUGUCCGGGACGUAUAUAUUUGCGGUCCUGUUAGCAUGCGUCGUGUUUCAGUCUGGCGCCCAGGAGAAGAACUACACCGUCCGGGAAGAAAUGCCAGAAAACGUCCUGAUAGGCGACUUGCUGAAAGACCUCAACUUGUCGCUAAUUCCAGACAAGUCCUUAACAACGCCUAUGCAGUUCAAGUUAGUGUACAAGACCGGAGAUGUGCCACUGAUUCGAAUUGAAGAGGGUACUGGUGAGAUCUUCACUACUGGAGCUCGCAUUGAUCGUGAGAAAUUAUGUGCUGGUGUCUUAGUGGAUACCCGUUGCUUUUAUGAGGUGGAGGUUGCCGUUCUGCCAGAUGAAAUAUUUAGACUGGUUAAAAUACGUUUUCUGAUAGAAGACAUAAAUGAUAAUGCACCAUUAUUCCCUGCAACGGUUAUCAACAUAUCAAUUCCAGAGAACUCAGCUAUAAACUCUCGAUAUGCUCUCCCAGCAGCCAUUGAUCCUGACAUAGGAAUAAACGGAGUUCAAAACUACCAACUAAUUAAGGGUCAAAGUAUUUUUGGGCUUGAUGUUAUUGAAACACCAGAAGGAGAGAAGAUGCCACAAUUGAUAGUUCAAAAGGAGUUAGAUAGGGAAGAGAAAGAUACAUAUGUAAUGAAAGUAAAGGUUGAAGAUGGUGGCUUUCCUCAAAGAUCCAGUACUGCCAUUUUGCAAGUCAGUGUUGCUGAUACAAACGAUAACUGCCCAGUCUUCAAGGAGAAUGAGAUUGAAGUCAGUAUACCAGAAAAUGCUCCUGUAGGUACUUCAGUGACACAACUUCAUGCCACAGAUGCCGACAUAGGUGAAAAUGCCAGGAUUCACUUCUAUUUCAGCAAUCUAGUCUCCAACAUGGCCAAGAGGCUAUUUCACCUCAACUCCACCAGUGGACUUAUCACAAUCAAAGAACCACUGGAUAGGGAGGAAUCACCAAACCACAGGUUACUGGUUUUGGCAAGUGAUGGUGGAUUGAUACCAGCAAGAUCAAUGGUACUAGUAAAUGUUACAGAUGUCAAUGAUAAUGUCCCAUCAAUUGACAUAAGAUAUAUCAUCAAUCCAAUCAAUGGCACCGUGGUUCUUUCAGAAAAUUCUCCACUCAACACAAAAAUUGCGCUCAUAACUGUGACAGAUAAGGAUGCUGACCUUAAUGGUAGGGUGACGUGCUUUACAGAUCAUGAAGUCCCUUUCAGGUUGAGGCCAGUAUUCAGUAAUCAGUUCCUCCUAGAGACUGCUGCAUAUCUUGACUACGAGUCCACAAGAGAAUAUGCUAUUAAAUUACUGGCUGCAGAUGCUGGCAAACCUCCUUUGAAUCAAUCAUCCAUGCUCCUCAUCAAAGUAAAAGAUGAAAAUGAUAAUGCUCCAGUUUUCACUCAGCCUUUCAUAAGUCUUUCUGUUCCUGAGAAUAACUCUCCUGGCACCCAGUUGACAAAAAUAAGUGCAACGGAUGCAGACACAGGGCAUAAUGCUGAGAUAAACUACCUGCUUGGCAUUGAUGCUCCAUCUGAAUUCAACCUGGAUCGUCGUACAGGCAUUCUGACUGCAGCGAAGAAACUGGAUAGAGAAAAACAGGAAAAAUAUUCAUUCACAGUUCUGGCAAAAGAUAAUGGGAUGCCACCUUUAAUAACCAAUGCCACAGUCUUAGUGACUGUUCUUGAUCAGAAUGACAACAGUCCAAUUUUCACUCACAAUGAGUACAACUUCUAUGUCCCAGAAAACCUUCCAAGACAUGGCACAGUAGGACUAAUCACUGUAACUGAUCCUGAUUAUGGAGAAAAUUCUGCAGUCACUCUCUCCAUUUUAGACGCAAGUGAUGACUUCACCAUUGAUCCACAGACUGGUGUCAUCCGACCGAAUAUUUCCUUUGAUAGAGAAAAACAAGAAUCUUAUACUUUCUAUGUAAAGGCUGAGGAUGGUGGUAGGGUAUCACGUUCUUCAACUGCCAAAGUCACCAUAAAUGUGGUUGAUGUCAAUGACAACAAACCAGUUUUUGUUGUCCCUUCUUCGAACUACUCCUUUGAAUUGGUUCUGCCAUCCACUAAUCCAGGCACAGUGGUCUUCACGGUAGUUGCUGUUGACAAUGACACUGGCAUGAAUGCAGAGCUUCAUUACAGCAUUGUAGGAGGAAACACAAAAGGUCUGUUUAUGAUUGACCAAACAACAGGCAACAUUACACUGAAGGAGAAAUGUGUCCUUGCAGACCUUGGUUUACACAAACUGGUAGUCAAAGUCAAGGACUUAGGACAACCUGAUUCUCUCUUCAAUGUUGUAAAUGUUAAUCUAUUUGUGAAUGAGUCAGUGACCAAUGCUACACUGAUUUAUGAAUUGGUGCGAAAAAACAUUGAAACACCAGUGACCCAAAGUAUUGAGACAGCUGAUACAUCCUCACCAUCCAGUGACUAUGUCAAGAUCGUGGUUGCCAUUGUUGCAGGCACCAUAACUGUCAUCCUUGUUAUUUUCAUCACUGCUGUAGUAAGAUGCCGCCAAUCACCACACCUUAAGGCUGCUCAGAAAAACAAGCAGAAUUCCGAAUGGGUUACUCCAAACCCAGAAAACAGGCAGAUGAUAAUGAUGAAGAAAAAGAAGAAGAAGCAUACCCCUAAGAACUUGCUGCUUAACUUUGUUACUAUUGAAGAAACUAAGGCAGAUGAUGCUGACAAUGAUGGAAACAGCGUCACACUAGACCUUCCCAUUGAACUGGAAGAGCAAACCAUGGGCAAGUACAACUGGGGCACUACACCUACUACUUUCAAGCCUGAAAGUCCUGAUUUGGCCCGGCACUACAAAUCUGCCUCUCCACAGCCUGCCUUCCAGAUCCAGCCGGAAACUCCCCUGAAUUCAAAGCACCACAUCAUCCAGGAACUGCCUCUUGAUAACACCUUCGUGGGCUGUGAUUCCAUCUCCAAGUGUUCCUCCAGCAGUUCUGAUCCCUACAGCGUUUCUGAGUGCAGCUAUCCAGUAACAACUUUCAAGACCCCUGUGUCUGUACACACCAGACUGACUGAUUCCAGGACAUCAACUAUUGAAAUCUACAGUGAGAUAUAACUUUCUAGGAACAACAUAAUUCUAUUCCCCUUCCAAAAAACUCCAAUGAUUUGUGAUUUCAAAAUUUGGCUAAGAUCAUUUAGCUUGUAAUCUGGAUUUCCCACUAUAAAAGCAAGCAAAACAAAAACCACCUUAAAAAAUAUGUCCCACUGAACCCCAUGCUUACUUUAGCUGUAAUCUUGCAAUCGAAAUUUUAAAUUUGUGGAAGAAACAGUGCAGUGUGAUAAAAAAAAAAGUUUUAUCAUGCUGUUUCUCGAUUUGCUUCCUCUGAAUGCCAACAAGUGUGAUGUAAUAUAAUAUGUCUUGAUGUACAAACUGAUGGUUAAUGUAUCAAUCAUGAAACGUGGAAUUACUUGCCCUGUCUGAUUGCUGAAGAAUUUAAACAUCAUCUGCGGGAGUUUGGAAGUGAAGCUGAACUAUCCAAGCUACCCUCUGAAAGGUAUCCAAGGGCAAGAGAUUUUCUUUAAUAUCAAAAAUACAAACAGCAACAACAAAAAAAAACCACUUUAGAUCAUUUUUUGGAAAAUAUUCACUACUAUAGUGUUGUUGAGAAAAUAAUUAUAAUUAUCCAUCACUCUGCUGAAAAGUUAGAUGAUAUAAAAUAAUUUUAAUGGGUUUUUAUGUUGAUUGUAAUCAUGUUGUUUCACUACUUUAAUCAUUAAAAAAUAUUUUUGUUGUAAUCAUGUUUCUUUUUUUCUAUAAAUACUGUAAAAGAAAGAGGUUUUUUUUUUUUUCUAUUUUUAUCUAUCAAAAGAAGAAUGUAAAGUUCUUUAUACUCCCUGAUAUUUUGGGGAAAAAAAGUACUGAUGUUUCUUAUAUAGUGAAAUAUAAUUCCAUUCAUAUGUGAGUAGAGACAAGGAUUUAAAUAGUAUAUUUUGAAAGAUUUUAUCUUAAUUUUGAAACUACCUAAGAAAAUAUAAGCUACUAGAGUCAAACAGCUAAAUAGAUCUACAUAAUUUCUCUGGCAUUAAAUUACUGAAUAUAUUUCAUUGAUUUGAGUAAUUUGGCCUUUAACUCAUUCUUCACAAUAUGUUGAUUAAUCAGUUUCUUACACAAAUGACUAAAUGCGUCAAAUUUGGUGUACAUUAAAUGUAUUAAGGAAAGAAGGUUGUGUCCCAAUUUUACAUUGUAUUCUUUAAGCUGCUUAUGACUUACUAAAAGUACUAACAGAAUUUUUUUAAAAGCACGAUUUCUUGGGGCUAAGAGGGAGUAUAAAGGACCUUUAUAAUCACAACAUAAGAUAUGUUUCCUGGAUUCUCUUUCAAAUGCUUCAUUGUGUAUCAUUUUACCUAGCAAAGUGUGGACAGGAUUUGGUCUAUUAUGUAUGUGCAUUAAAUUAGUGUAUUAUUUAAAGUGUUCCUUGCUGUAAAGGUAUUUAGAAGAGGCUUAUGCUCUAUUUAGCAUUUCAAAUUAGUGUAAUUCUUGGAUAUUUAAUAUAUAGGCAAUAUUUUUAAAAGAUUUCUGUUAAAAUUUAGCAUUCCCAUUUACUCAGUACAGAAUCUCUGGUACCUCCAAUAAUGUCAAGUUCCUUGAACAUGCUUGCUAUCUGGCUUUUUAAACAUUACUUAGUUAAUUAUAAUGACUGUAAGUGUAACUGUUUUACUGGUAAUGAGAAAUGUCAUGUAAAUUAUAAUAUUGUAUUACAUACUUAUAAACAACUAUUGUAGAAAAAUACUUAAAAUUAAAUUUUACCUUUGUGAAAGUUACUCAUAUAGAGUAACUUUAUAAUCUCUCCCCUAUUUCUUCCUGAUAAAUUAAAUAUUUCAGUUUAAUUCAAAUCAUUUCAAGGAAUGUCAAAAUUUAGCCAACUUAUUAUACCUCUAGAGUCAGUGCCCAGCAGGUACAAAGACGUACUAAGAGUAGGAGUUUCCAAAAUCCAUAGUCUCACUUAAUUGUGAAAAAAAUUAUGAUGCCCAAGAAAAUGAAUCAGUACUUCACAUAUCCCAUGAUAAACUAGUGUGGUUUCAUGACCAUUUGUAUAUGUAAUUAUUAUAUAAAUGCAUUUUAAAUGCUUGUGUCAUGACCACCCUGGUCUCUGCUUUUCCACACAUUCUGUGAGCUAGAGGAGAAUACUUCAUUUUUCUUCUGCUUCAGUGACCCUUUCCUUUAGGCCUGUGAUAAGGAAAACUCCUAAUCACUCCUUUGUAUAUGUGAAGAUGAAAAUGUUUUGAAACAGUUACCCAGAAUCUCUUUAAAAAAUUCCUCAGUAUUUUUAUGGGGGUCAUCUUUGCAGAAGAUGAAAAUAGAAACUUUAUUUUUAAAGCUGCAAGUGAUUCUUCUCAGAAUAUAAUUUCUGUGAGAAAGGAACUUCUGAAUUGAUUUCUUUCCUGCUCUUUGAGGCUAAAAUAUUUACCCAUAUAAACCAAUGAUGAUUGAGGUUUAACUGUAUCUAAACUUCAGCCAUAGAUGAAAAUGGAUUCUACUUUUGAUUAUUAACUACCCUUGGUCGGUCCUUUGCUUAUGCUUGAGGAAAUAAUAUUAACAUUUGAGAACAGUAUGGACGGCAUUGAAACGAAUUUUCCACAAAAGCCAGAGAGGACAAAAUUAUAUGUUUUCCUGUUGGUUCUUUCUUAUCAGUUGAUUUGAUGAUACUUUUAAUUUAAUUAUUGGUGUUAUUACAUGUUUGGCUUACAAGGUCUCAGAUAUCUUCCCAUCUCUUGUAUUGGUGUUAAUGGACUCUUAGAAUAUUCUCAAUGAAGUGUCCUUGAUGGUCUCUCUUGUUCUUAUUCUAGUCAGUGAAUAGAGGAAAACAGAGGGAAAGGAAAUCUUAAGACUAGUCAGCAAAGAAACUUUUAGGGAUUACCUAAUCGAUUAACUACAAUGUGCUGUAUACUUUCAUACCUGUAAACACUCGAAGGAGUAUUAUUUUCUUUUGAUUAAAAUCCAAAGUGCAUAAAUUGAAAAAAAUUGCUGAAAUACAUUUCCUCAUUUUACAUUAAAUAUAAAAGUUUAUUUUUGGAAAUAGGGUAUUCAAGCUAUUACAUUUCUUAAGUUAUUUUUAUUUUCAAUGAUUUAAAUUGAAAAUUUUAUAGAACAGUUUUAAUUCUAUCCAUUAAUUAAUCUUUUAUGUAUACUUCUGUUUUCUCUGCUGACCAUCCUGUUCACAUUAUCAAUGUGAACUCAUAUACUUUAGAAUAACUUUUAAAAGCUGAAUUUAGAUUCAAUCAGUCAUUAUUUCAUGCAAUAUUUACUAAUCUUUUCAUUUCAAAACAAUACUGACACAUUUUACAAUUUUUUCACCUGCACUCGUCACUGUUUAAUUAGAUUUUGUAAUUGUCCGUCUAGCUAGGUGUGAUUUGAAGCCUGAUCUCAACAGAAGUGCUACAGGACAAGCAGAGCUUAAGUAAUCUUAUAUGAACUUAAUCUACACUGUGUAAAUGCUUCCUAUAGGUGCUCUUGUGUAAUAGACUUUUUUCUUUAGGAUUUGCUUAGUUUCUGUCUAUUUUUAUUGUUUAGAUUUAGGUUUCUAGCAUAUUCAAAGGUGCUGUGAUAAUAUAAAGCUGUAUGUGUUGUAUAUAAUUAUUAUUUUUAAAAAGAACUGAAGUUCAAUUUGUUUUUUCAUGCAUUAUGUGUGUUCAUACAUAACAUCCGUGGUUUUAUGUGGUAUUUAGAAUUAGGAGUAGACUUUUUAAAAUUGUAGAGUAGUCAUAGGCCUUUAUUUUUAUUGCACAAUGCAAUAUACAUUUGUUGUAGAAAAUUUAGGAAAUUGUAGAUAGAUUUUAACUGUAUCUAUGAAAAUUUGAUGAAGAAUUUUAAAACUAUUUGUUUUUCCUUCAGGCUAUACCAGUAAGUUUUUCUUUAUAAUUUACUUAGUAAUUCUGUUUAACCUUUGGAAGUGGUGCACUUUAAAAUUACAGAAGUAUUCUUCUCUUUUUAUAUUAUAAACUAUACAUGCAGGAUUUUUUACACAUAGUGGUAAUUGACUUAAUUAUUAUGCAUAUUGUUUAUUUUUAUAGAUGUAUGAUUAGACAAAUUUAUGAAAUAGUUGAGUCUGAUUAGUUUAUAGUAUACUGAAGGGAAUACUAUAUAUCUCCACCACGAGACUAAUCUGCCCUCAGUGAAAAUAUCAAGUCUUGAUGAAAAAGCUUUUCCAUUAAAAAGAAUGCCAUCUAAAUAUCUGCCAAAAGUUCCCCUAGAAUGAACAACUAAGUUAUCUAUUAUAAUUAUUUCUAAAAAGCCUCGUAACCAAUUUUUACCUUUUGCAAAUUCUAGAUAUUCUCAAUUAAAAUUGUAUUAACUCUCCCGUUUCAACUGAUUAAUUAUAUUUAAUUAUCCACACAUACACUGGUACUAUCCAGUUAGGAGUAAAUCUUUUUCUGUGAAGUGAAAAAAAUCACAUUCUAUUAGGUUUCAGAUAGUCAAAUUGACAUAAUAAUGGAAAUGAAGUACUUCAAUGGAUAUUCUAGAAAUAUAUGCACUUUUCUCCCUUGUCCUGGAGCCUUAUAUUUACUAACUAUUCACUGAUUUACUUCAUAAAUGUUAUUCUCUUAGAAAUGCACUUUAAAAACAUUUUCAUUUUUUGUCUUAACACUUGGUAAAAACAUUAGAUAACAAAAUAAUACUUUCAUUAGAUACUUAGAGAAAAUUUGAAUAAUACCACUUUUACUCUCUUUGGUGGUAGUAGAAGUAAACAAAUGUGCAAUACUGGUGAAAAAUAUUAUUUUCAGAAAUCCACAAAAUAAACUUUAAAAUGUAUUUACUCAUAUUACUACAUAUCAGUUUUAACCUCAGAUUCAAAAUCAACACAGACCACUAUUUCAAUGAUACUUUAAACAGAAUUGCUCAUAAACACUAUCACCUUACACAAAAACAUUUCCCGUAAUUCAAGUAUAUAGCUCAAAUAGUUGUUCAGUGUCACAACCUCGAAGUAAUUAAACACACACACACACACACACACACACACAAGGACAAAUUUGAUCAGCUCUUUUGGUAUGUAAACACAGACCUAGUCUCAUAUUCAAGGUGGGAAAAAACACACAAAAAUGGAAUUGCAUGGAUGCUGGAAAACUAAUCUAUGAACUGCUAAAUGAGAGAUUAUAUUUCAUUACUAAUUUUAUUUAUUUGAUCACUUAUUCAGAGCUAUGUAUUGGGUGCCUUUUUUGUAGAUAAUUAUAUACAUUAUUUAUGAAGUUCAGAUUGAAUAAGUACAUAUUUUUCACACAAAUAUAGUUAUUAAAGAGAAGGUGCUGAGUUCUCUUCCCGAUAGGUAUCAUAGUUUUGUCUACGUGAUACUAAAACAUCUGGAGGCAAAAUACAAUUUUUCACUGAAUAUGGGGAUAUUUUGUCUACCUGAAAAAAUUGACUCCAUAAAGACGCAGACUUUAUCUAGUACUACAAAAUGAUAUUAUAAUAGUUUCAUUUUAGAUAGGAAAAAAGAAUUUGACAUGCUAUAUAAAGUUAACAUUAUCUGAACUAGAGCAAUUGAUAACGUUUAACAACAAAAUUCUACAUGGUGCUACAAUUCAACUUUACGUAUAUAAAUUUGAUUUGUUUGUAAGACUAUACACACAUUUAUUUCAAAAUGCACAAAAACUGUAGAAAUGAUGAGGUACAUACAAUUAUGUCAUUUUAGGUGUGAGACUUAAAAGACAACCAUACCAAACUCUUAAAAUUAAGAGACCUAAUUGUGAGUCUAGAGGAAAAUUCAUUUUAAUUUGAUGUUUAUGUAAUUCUAAAACAGUGGGAUUAAAAUGGGCUAGGGUAUGUAUAAGCAUACAUAUGUUUACGUAUAUGUGUGUAUAUUUAUGUUUUUCAAAUUUCUAGCAGAAAAAAGUAACAUAAACUUUAUACUAAAGACAACGUGUUCAAAGAUCAUACAUCUAUAUUUACAAUGUUAUUCUCUGUUCUUUUAAACUUAUGCCUCACUUCCAAACUUUAAUCAUCCUUUAUCCCUUAUAUCACCCUACAUAGCACCUUUUAUUUAAAAAAAAAACUUGUCACAUUCACUGCAUUCUGAAUAUGUGCUCAUGUGUUUUUUACUUUCAAAUUAUUUUGCCUCUAAUGUAACUGCAGUACUUCUCUUCAUAAAAUUUCCCUGUUUUCUGAAGGAUCACAGAUCCAGUAACACUACAUUAUACAUUAAAAAUUAAACUAUUUUUCCUAUCUAAUUACCAGUGUAGAUUCUACUUCUUUUCCACACAAAAAAGCUAAGAUAAAUUUGCCUUCAGUAAUAGUCAACUUCUGCUCAGUUGGCAUAACUAAAACAUAUAUAAAAGAAUCCAUUAAAAUAAUUAUUUUUAUUUGCAUUAAUACCUUAUUUAAUUUUAAUACCACUGAAACCAAAAAAAAGAUAAGUAAUUCUCUGUUAGUGCUCUGUACAAUGUCAGAUUUUCAGUUUCAUAAGUCUGCAACUUUGUGGGUUUAUGUUUCCAUCAAAGGCUAAGAUAUGAAUUUGCCAUAAUCAUGUACAUGCAUACAUACUUAUCUAUGUAUGUGUAUACACACAUACACUUUUAUAAACAGCUUGGUGUGAACUAUGGAUUGACAUAAAUCAUGGAAAUAUUAGUGAGGAUAGAUUCAGUUUUUAGAUUGAGUAAUGUGUACAAUUUAUUAUCAUUUCUGGUUUUGAGUGGAGCUAGUACUACGAACUGCCAUUGAAGAAAAGCUGUGUAAAGUAACAUUAAAAUUGUGAAGAUUUAAAAUACAAGAGCAGUCACAGUCACUCUUAAAAUUUUGUUUUUGCUUUGUUAUUUGUAGCUGUACUUUUAAAAAAGAAUAAACAGGUUUUUGUGUGAAUAUGUUAGAGUGAAUAUUAUAGGGCAUCUUUCAACUGGAAUACAUGUAGUUACUAACAUUGGUUGUAUUUGAUAUAUUUUCAGUACAUAAAGUGUGUGUAAUCUGUAUUAAGUGAAAUACCUAUAAAUAAAGUUGUUUCUGCAUUG